ACUCAUUUAAUUGAUUUAGCGAAGUUGCUCUCAUUCAGUAGAGGGCGACAUGUGACGGCUUUUCUGCAGAACACACAGUCUGCAGUGAAACUGACAACAUGAGCAGCAUGGCAGCUACAGAGGCCCGUAAAGUAAUUGUUUACGGAGGAAAAGGAGCUCUGGGCUCUGCGUGUGUGCAGCACUUCAGAGCUAAAAACUGGUGGGUUGCCUCCAUUGAUCUAAAUGCCAAUGAAGAUGCAAAUGCCAACGUAACUGUUAAGAUGACGGAAUCCUUCACUGAGCAGGCCAGCCAGGUGACAACUGAUGUCGGUGAGCUGUUGGGUGAAGAGAAGGUUGAUGCCAUCUUCUGUGUGGCCGGAGGUUGGGCAGGGGGCAGUGCCAAAGCCAAAACUCUCUAUAAGAAUGCUGAUCUGAUGUGGAAGCAGAGUGUGUGGACCUCAGCGAUUUGCAGUCACCUAGCAACCAAACACCUGCGAGAGGGGGGGCUGCUCACACUGGCAGGGGCUAAAGCAUCACUGGGCCCAACAGCAGGGUGUAUUGGUUAUGGCAUGGCUAAAGCAGCAGUUCAUCAGCUGUGUCAGAGUUUAAGUGGGCAAAAUAGUGGUCUACCCCCAGGGUCCGCUGCAAUAGCCAUACUUCCAGUUACUUUGGAUACGCCUAUGAACAGGAGGUUCAUGCCAGAUGGUGAUGUCAGUACCUGGACACCACUAGAAUAUGUUACAGAGUUAUUUUUUAAGUGGAUUACGGGAAAAGACAGACCUCCUUCAGGAACUCUGAUGCAGCUUGUUACAACAGACGGAAAGACGGAGGCUACACCAGUGUCAUGAUCAAUACAGUGUGUGUGCGUGUUUGUGAAAUCACAGCUUUCAGAAUAGUCUCUGUGUGUGACACUUUCUAGGCUUUCGUGUUUACUUCAUAUCAUGUCAACAAAAUACUGUAUAUGCGGUUCUUUAAAAAUAAGGUAAAUGUUCAGUAGAAUUGUAAAAGAGAUAUAUAUAAUAUAACGGCAAUAAACUGUUUUAUUCUGAUGAA